CAAGCACCGUUCUCGACCGCACUCCACCGCCCAUCACCUCGCCCUCGAGGCGCAUCUCUCCCACGCGUGCGAGCGCUUCUCAACGAGAUUCCGAGCUGUCUCAAGCACGAUCUGCCCAGCGUGCCGGAGGGACCUGACGUCUUGCCGUUCGCCCUUGCGGUGCUCCCGUUGCGGGUAUCCGAUCGCCCAGACGAACAGCGGGAUCACCACCCGGCCCGCGAGGACAGUGGAUUGCACGAGCGUCCCAGCUCGUGGACCACGCGCGUCUGCACCAUCCAGAGGAACCAUAGGGCUUUCUCAAUCCGCGAAGCACGCUCGAUCCGCAAAUCUCCACGCUCAUGCUGCUGCACUCGGCGCUUCUUGAGCGACGCCCGCCAUCAGCUUCAAGAUGCCCAACACCACGACCGCGCCCGACAGGUCGAGACAGAACUCCGCAGGCAAGUCGUUCUUUGGGAGGAAACUGCACAAGGAGCGACCUGGCGACGACCGCCACGAUGCCGCCGGUGCUGCGUCCGCUGGUGGUAUUCUAGAGCCCCCAGGCUCCGCGGGGAGUGCCACCGGCUCUCGCUCUUCGCGUCAUUCCAAGACCGCCUCGAUGAGCUCCGUCGUUGA